UUUAUGUUUCUGUAGGCGACACUGAAAACCAGCGCCUGCAGCUGGAAGGACAGUCGCAUUCAGUGUGCCUGCUGUAGCCGGAACCAGCUUCCCUUUGCUGUCACAAUGACCACGGAAGGCAGGGGAACACUGGGCCUCAUCGCCAGCACUGCUGUGUGUCAGACGCAGGAGAGGGCCUUGACUGGGAAGCAGGAAGCAGGAAGCCAGACCUGGGGGCAGAGCUGCAGUCUCCAGAAGAACUACCCUCCUGUCUGUGAAGUCUUCCGGCUGUACUUCAGGCAGUUCUGCUACCAUGAGACGUCGGGGCCUCAGGAGGCGCUGAGCCGGCUCAGGGAGCUCUGCCGGUGGUGGCUGGUGCCGGAGGUCCACACCAAGGAGCAGAUCCUGGAGCUGCUGGUGCUGGAGCAGUUCCUGAGCAUCCUGCCUGGGGAGCUGCAGGCCUGGGUCCAGCUCCAUCACCCUGAGACUGGUGAGGAGGCCGUGGCUGUGGUGGAGGACUUCCAGCGACACCUCCGUGAGGCAGGGGAGGUAAGCAGUGGAGUCCGGGGUUCUGCCUGCAGCACAAGAGCAGGAUGUGCAUUUAAAGAAGAUGAGAGCUCUCAGUGCAAUAAAGGGGUCUCCUACCUCAACGUCCAGUCAGGACUCUGCCCCCGAGGCCCUCUCAGAACCUCCUUGUGCACGCCACCUCUCCAGUGGACACUUUGCUGGGCACGGAGCGUCGUACCUGGCGUUCCCGGGCACGGAGCGUCGUACCUGGCGUUCCUGGGCACGGGGUGUCGUACCUGGCGUUCCCGGGCACGGAGGGUCGUACCUGGCGUUCCUGGGCACGGAGGGUCGUACCUGGCGUUCCCGGGCACGGGGUGUCGUACCUGGCGUUCCCGGGCACGGAGGGUCGUACCUGGCGUUCCCGGGCACGGAGGGUCGUACCUGGCGUUCCCGGGCACGGAGGGUCGUACCUGUUGUUCCCAUACUGGGAAAGCCUUGGCAAGAGUAUAUCUGAGAGCUGAAGGCCAUCCUGGACUACUUUGUGAGAACAGGAUGGGAAGUUCUGAGGACACUACAAAGCAGGCCAUUUCUAAAGGAUCCGACGCAUUCAGCGCAUCCUUGGGGGGACUCUUUGGAGUGACCCUGCUAGAGACGGAGUCUGCAGAUAUCUGUGAAGAUCUUUUAGCACAGGUGGAAGGGCAAUCCUCAGAUGAAGAUGAGAGUGAACUAGAAGGUGAUUUAUUGGAAAAGAAGGAUGAUAAAAACUCCACAGAAGACAGAAGUGAGGACUGUAAAGAUGCAGGGGAGCAGCCAGCUCUGCCUUCCAGUCCUGUUGAGAGACAGAAACUUUGUCAGUGUGAUGAACACGGCAAAGCUUUUAGCCGGAGCUCACACCUCCUCGGACACCAGAGAAUCCACACAUGUAAGGAGUGUGGGAAGACCUUCCGACAGACUUCUCAGCUAGUUGUUCACCUCAGAACGCACACGCAGGGAAAAAUGUCUCAGUGUAAUGAGCAUGGGAAGACUGACAGCCGCAGCUCCCGUCCUACUCAACACCACAGUCUCCGCAAUGGGCAGAAACCUUAUAAAUGUAACAGUUGUGCAAAAGUUUCCAUCCAGAAUCCCCAGCUCAUUGAUCAUGGAGAGGAGCCCGAGUGCAGCGGCCGUGGGGAGGUCUUCACUUGGCGUAGAAGUCGCGCCCGACAUCAGGUCCUCCACAUGAGUGAGAUGCCCUGCGAGCGUGAUGAGUGUGGGACCGCCGUCUGUUCCAGCAGAAAUCUCACUGACCACCAAAGGAUCCACACUGGGGAGAAGCCUUAUGCAUGUGCUGAGUGUGGCAAGGCCUUUAGUCGGAGUAAGUGUCUUGCUCGGCAUUGGCGUCUCCACACUGGGGAAAAACCAUUCAAAUGUAGUAAAUGUGGGAAAGCCUUCAACCAGAGCUCUCAGCUCAUUGACCAUGAACGGAUUCACACUGGAGAAAAACCUUUUGAAUGCAGUGAGUGUGGUAAGAAAUUCAGUUUAAGCAAAUGCCUUAUUCGGCACCAGAGGCUUCACACUGGAGAAAAGCCCUAUAGAUGCAGCCAGUGUGGCAAAUCCUUCAAUCAAAACUCUCACCUCAUCAUACACCAGAGAGUUCACACCGGUGAGAAGCCGUAUGAGUGCAGUGAGUGCGGGAAGGUCUUCAGUUACAGCUCUAGCCUUAUGGUUCAUCAGAGGACCCACACUGGUGAGAAGCCCUACCAAUGCAAAGACUGCACGAAAGCUUUCAGUGACAGUUCCCAGCUAAUUGUGCACCAGAGAGUUCACACUGGUGAGAAGCCAUAUGAAUGCAGCGAGUGUGGGAAAGCCUUUAGUCAGCGCUCCACCUUUAAUCACCACCAGCGAACUCACAGUGUGUACAAGCCCCCAGGUCCGCGUCACACAGUGUCGUAGGCACUCCUUAGACAU